GGCAUCUGGACACAGCGAUUCCUGCUGGGUUAGUUGCUUCCUGAACACCCAGACCUUCCCCAGGGAGCUCUCUGAAGACCCAGGAGAGGCAGCAGCCAUGAAGAUCCUGUUCCUGCUCUUCCCCCUGCUCCUGCUUUUGGUCCAGGGUGCUGCAGCAGGAAGUCCAGCUCGAUGCAGGCGCCAAGGGGGAUUCUGCAGCUUUGAUGGUUGCAGUUCCCAGACAAAACCUAUUGGAAAAUGUUCAGCAGUCAGCGUGUGCUGCAAAAGGUAA